AUGGCGGCCUUUGGUGAAGUAAGUAAGCUCUUGCGGGUUGAAGUUACGACGCUGACCUCGGAUAGCAUCAUCUGCGUCCACGACAUAGGAGGAUCGCCGAAGACGACAUGGCAUCAUGAUGAAUCUGGCAAGAUGUGGAUUUCGGAUCCGGAAUUCCUCGGCAACUUCUCAAACUCGGCGCGAUUAUGGUCAUACGGAUACAACUCGGACCCGUCAGUCAACAUGACGCCCUCCAGUAUUGCAUUCCAUGCCAACGAACUCCUCGCAAUAAUCAUGGCUGUUUACACAGUGAAUGGGGGAGGAGGACCAACCAUCUUCAUUGCACAUGGUCUCGGUGGGGUCAUCGUCAAGAAGGCCGUCAUACUCUCCUUGAGCUGUCCUGAGUACUUCAACAUCCGCGAUUCCAUCGCUGGCAUUGUCUUUUUGGACACGGUACAUCACGGCACUGAUUCGGAGGGCGUUCUGAAAGCAGUCAAAACUAUCGCGGCACUCAGUCUCCAAAAGGGAUCCUUGAAACCAUCGUGGGACGACACAAGGCAAUAUGCAGAUGCCGUCCGCGAAGUCAACACCGCUUUUCUUGACAGGCUGCCGACGGAACUUGAGAUGCUCAAUUUCAUUGCGUUGAGACGGGUUGAGCUGACUGUUGAUGGUUCCGAAACGCACAAGACUUUGACAUCCCUGUCCGACCACGCCCCCCGCCAGGCCGAGCCAUGGGGCUACCCCCAGGCGUAA